UUGUUGUCCUGUGUACGUCUCUUGUCUCGGAGUUCCCUUCCAGCAAUUAAUAACCUUCUGCAAACAUAUCGCAAACAUUUUACAAAGAAAUUUGCAGACCGUCACAAAGUGUUGCGACAUUUAACGGCAAUGCCAAAAGUUUCCUCAGCGUCAGUAAAAGUCACAGCUGCCGCUGAAAAUCCCAACACCUUCAUAUCUACGUCUUUCCGUCGAUGGGAGGUAAACAGUAGUUAGCAGCGCAAGUUGUGUGUGCAUGUUUUGUUUAUGUUCUCCGGUCUUGUUUUUGUAAUAUCGUAUAUAGAAGUGCACAGAAUACCAAGGUUUGAAUGGAUCACGGAAUACCUUUGAGCAGCAUGCUGAUUUUUGUUCAUACAGACCAUUGUUUUUCUGCAACAGUGCAAAACGCUUUAGGAAAAUACUUUUUUGUCCACUUCCUUGUUAACCUGAAGCAGAAUGAUCAUAAAUCGAUCCCCACCAUGCAGGUUCUACGGCACCAACCGCGCCGAAACCACAAAAGAAAGCGGAAUAUACGCUUUCCUUUUCCUUCUCAAGAAGGCCGACAAUGGGGCCCUCAUUGGUCUCCUCAAACGAUUUGUCCAGUCAUCGCUCGAUCUCCCGCGAUGGCGGGAGGUCGCCAAAGGCAGGGGUACCGAGGUGCGGCCCGCGUGGCCCCCUAGCAAAAAGACGAAGAAAAAAAAAUUCGGUCCAAGCUUCGUGAACGGUUGUGGCGUUAUGAUUGGGCUGUGUACUCGUGCAGUUUAUCUUGCGUUGCUCAGUGGUAGAAAGCUUUUGGCAUUAACCUCUAACAACCGAUGACUCUCUCAACCUGCCCCUCGCGUCUGAUUUUUACUUGAUUGACAUUACUGCUACCUAGUACACUACUACCAACAUUUCUGACUGCAUAGCCAAUUUGUAAUAUUGGCUGACUCUAAUAUUGGUGCAUUCAAUGCCACCAGACAUGGACCAUGAUUCAAUGCGGCCCGCGGACACGAAUGAGUUCGGCAUCCCUGGUCUAAGGAAACCAAUCGGAGGCCUCUCCGCAUCGUAGCGCGUCUUCAUCGCCGGUGAAUCCGUUACUUUUGCGUUGGUAUCAAGGAGCAUCAUCAUCAUCGACAUUGCGCAUCCAUCCAUGAUGCACCCGUUUCGCUGGGUGAGCGGUACUGGUAGGUCUAAGGAAGAGGAAGAAACUCACGUACUUCACGUGAAAUUCAUCUCUCUGUGUUUCUGUGGCAUCACCCGUCGUCCCCGAACCCGGAGAAAAAAUGGAAAGGGAUUUCUCCAUGAACCGCGGCUUUGUUGGUCCAGUUCAUAUGACCACCUUUCCCAUGAAUGUUCCACCAGCGGGCGGCGCCGGUACCGUGAGUCCAGAGGUGAGCACCUCGCCAAGCAGUCCUGGCCCUGACACGCCGUCGCCGGAGUGCCCGGACUUGAACCUGGUUCCUCCACCUCGGCCGUCCAAGACUCACUACGGCUCAAUUGCAAUGGCGGCGUGUUUCUUCUUCGUGGUGAUAGCGUCGCCACUCACCGCGGUGUACGUCACCCACAAGCGUGCACAGAUUGUAAGCCACGUCGAACCACUCUGCAACGACUCUGUUUGUCACAUGGAAGCCCACUACUAUGACGAUAAGUUGGACGAGAACGUCGACCCUUGCGAAGACUAUUACGGCUAUGUUUGCUCGAGCGCCUGGUAUACCCGAGACCUGCGUUCGGCUUCUUACCUGAUCCAGACCUCGGGCUACCUCUACCAGGCCUUGAAAAAGUUCUCUGCUGAGUACAUGAAACAAGACGUGAACCGCGUCCAGCAGAAUAGACAUCAAUUCGGUCACCAGAUCAUCCUCUUCAUUUCUAACUGCGUCAAAGAAUCAGCGAAAGAUCGACACGAGACGGAAGCGCUGACGAGCGUGUUGAGGUACUUCGGCUUGGCAAACUGGCCGUACUCUGCACCGCUUCGUAGUCGUCAGAAUGUGGCCUUUAUCGCUGGGAAGGUAGCUGGAGCUCUGGAGAUCUUCCCGUUCAUCGAGACUCGGCUCCGUUUGGUUCCCGGAGAUCGGCCAAAGGUUCUCUUCGGUCAGGCUCAGUUGACGCUUGCUGUGCACGAGUUGUUGGACCAGGGCAGGGCUAUGGACUGGUACCGGGAACUCGUGACACGGGCAGUUCGUUUGGUGCGUAGCAGCGAGGGCACCGUCGGUAUCGUGGAUGGGAUUCUUCGAGUGGAGCGUGGUUUGGCAUAUUCCGUUGAGAAUGGUCCAAGACGCGACUCUUUAUUCAAGGUACGUUUGAACAGUCUGCCCGUUCAUCGUAGCUGGGAUUGGGUGGCCUACGUGAACGGAGUCUUAAAGGGAAUUUCUGCAAUCAACGGCCACGAGGAGGUCUUCGUGCGCUCAGUGAGCUUCCUGCAGCGUCUUUCUCAAUUGACGAGGGAAGUUCCACCGGAGGCCCUCCUCAACUAUCUGGGCUACCGCGUGUUGGUUGCUCUGUCGCCUCUUAUUCCAGCGGACUUUCUCGCCCCAUUAGCCGUUAAGGGACGUCGGUGGCCCGGCAGUGAGCAUCUACAGAGCUGCGUACAACUUGCUGAGAGUGUAUUUGACAAAGCAAUGACGCUCGUUAUAAAACGAGCCUCGCCGUUUCUGAACGGAACAGACACGAAGCAGAAGCUCUGGGGCCUGCUGUCCAGCAUGAACAGCACGCUCGUUCACCUCAUAAACGAGACUCGCUGGAUGACACCGGUGGACAAGAACGUGACCAUAGAGAAACUGGCCAGCGUGUCCGUCAGCCUCCUCGACACCUACGAGUCAGAGCACGACUUGAACCAAUACUUGGGCGAGGUGCCCAUGGUGAACGAACGGAGCCUGGUAGAGAGCUACUUCCACAUGAAGGUCUCUGUGCAGAGGAAGUACUGGAGUGCACUCCACAAGAAUCUCUCGCUCUUGAUGCAUCACGGGAUCGGCAACUUCAACCCCGAAUACAGCUAUGAACCGCAAUCGAACACCCUAUUCCUUCCUUUCGGUGUCGUCGGAUUCUUGAUGUACUCCAACGACAUUCUACCGAUGCACGUCCCACGGUUUCUACCAUACGCUCUACGUGGCUUCUUCUCCGCCAUUGCCAACCUGCAGGCUGUCCACAACGACGACCUCUCCUGGACCAAGACGACCUCCGUGAACUUCGCUCACAUGGCCUGGUGCUUCCUGCGGCAAUACAAUCAAGUCCUCUCCAACGAAAUGGACAACGCCGUAGUGGCUAACGAAUUCCUCGAAGAGAUCGUUCAGGACAACGCCAUCCUGGAGCCUCUUUACCGAGUUUACGUGAAUUCGUUCCCGGUCUACCGAGGAAAGUCCACCGGCUUCACCCUGCCGACGCUGAAGACCCUCACGAGUGACGAACUUUUCUUUCUAAAUUACGCUAUCGGCCAUUGCGAAGACGUGCGGAACGACACGAUGGUGCGACAACUCGUCCUCAAGGAGAGAAUACCGGCCAGAUACAAAGUGAACUUGCCGUUGAGUAAUUAUCGGCGUUUCGCAGCUGUGUACGGGUGCAAGACAGGAUCACGCAUGAAUCCUGAUAAGUCGUGCUCUGUGUGGGGAUUGAACGGUUGAUACAGCGCUUCCUCUCUGUACUAAUCUGUGUCCCGAUGCACUAUCUAGACGCCAUGAUAAAAUGUUGAUAA